GAGGCGGCGCGCGGGCGGGGUAGGAGGCAGCUGCAGGUGGGAGGCCACUGACUGAGACGAGAGGAGUUCCCAGGGGAAGGGAAGCGGCAGGAGCAACUGCAGAAGUGGAGGGAGCGGGAAGGUACUAGGGCAGCAGCUUCCUGCCGCCACCAGCCGGGGCCGCAGCAGGAACAGCAGGGGGAGGAGCAACAGCUGCCGAAUUCUCCAACUAGAGGAGGGGGAGGCGGAGCUUGGGUCCCCGUAGCAGCCGGAGGCGCAGUCUGGACUCUAGUUUCCCGGGAGAGACGAGAGCUGGAGCAGGAGCCGAACGGAGCGCGUCCUCCGAGCAUCAGCUCCAGCAUCCCGCCAGGGGUUGCAGGUGUGUGGGAGAGAUCCUGAACCAGACCCUAAAGAUGAGCAAGAAUACUUCCCACCCCUUUCUGCAGCAAACUUCGAAGGUUAAAUAGUGCUUUGGGGGAUGAGGGUUAAUUAUUAUACAAAGGUCUUACUAAUGUUAUAAUGGUUCUGGAGGGAGAAGAGCCAGCCACUAGCUAGAAAACUAAAGUCAAGAGAAGAUGCACCUACCUGGCUUUGCAACUUGUCAUAAGCUCUCCUGACACCAAGGCUGUGAAGGCAACUGACCAGAGGGCUUGAGCUCUCCCAACAUGGCUUUCCUUGGACUCUUCUCUUUGCUGAUUCUACAAAGUCUGGCUUUAGGGGCCACUUUCCCUGAUGAAACCAUUGCUGAGUUGUCAGUGAAUAUGUAUAACCAUCUUCGAGCCACUGGGGAAGAUGAAAAUAUUCUUUUCUCUCCAUUGAGUGUUACCUUCGCUAUAGGAAUGAUGGAACUUGGGGCCCAAGGGUCUACCCUGAAAGAAAUCCGUCAUUCAAUGGGAUAUGAUAGCCUGAAAAAUGGUGAUGAAUUUUCCUUCUUGAAGGAUUUUUCUAACAUGGUCACUGCUAAAGAGAGCCAGUAUGUGAUGAAAGUUGCCAACUCCCUCUUCGUGCAAAAUGGAUUUCAUGUCAAUGAGGAAUUUUUGCAAAUGCUGAAAAAGUACUUUAAAGCAGAAGUAAAUCAUGUGGACUUCAGUCAAAAUAUAGCUGUGGCCAACCAUAUCAAUAAGUGGGUGGAGAAUAACACAAAUAGUCUGUUGAAGGAUUUGGUAUCCCCCAGGGAUUUUGAUGUCGGCACUCAUUUGGCCCUCAUCAAUGCUGUCUAUUUCAAGGGGAGCUGGAAGUCACAAUUUAGACCUGAAAAUACUAGAACCUUUUCCUUUACCAAAGAUGAUGAAAGUGAAGUCCAAAUUCCAAUGAUGUAUCAACAAGGGGAAUUUUAUUAUGGAGAAUUUAGUGAUGGUUCCAAUGAAGCUGGGGGUAUCUACCAAGUCCUAGAAAUACCCUAUGAGGGAGAGGAGAUAAGUAUGAUGCUGGUAUUGUCCAGGCAGGAAGUUCCACUGGCCACGCUGGAGCCAUUGGUCAAAGCACAACUGAUUGAAGAAUGGGCAAACUCUGUGAAGAAACAAAAAGUGGAAGUGUACCUGCCCAGGUUCACCGUGGAACAGGAAAUUGAUUUAAAAGAUGUUUUGAAGGCUCUUGGAAUAACUGAAGUUUUCAUCAAAAAUGCAAAUUUGACAGCUUUGUCUGAUAACAAGGAGAUUUUUCUUUCCAAAGCAAUUCACAAGUCCUUCAUCGAGGUUAAUGAAGAAGGCUCAGAAGCUGCUGCAACCUCAGGAAUGAUUGCAAUUAGUAGGAUGGCUGUGCUGUAUCCUCAAGUUAUUGUCGACCAUCCAUUUUUCUUUCUUAUCAGGAACAGGAGAACAGGUACAGUCUUGUUCAUGGGACGAGUCAUGCAUCCUGAAACAAUGAACACAAAUGGACAUGAUUUUGAGGAACUUUAAAUCAUUUCACAUGCAAAAUAGUAACUAAACGUGUUAUGUUUGCAACUGGUGUAUUUAAGAUUUGUGUUUUACAGUAUAUCUUAUGAUAAUAUUUAAAAAUAGUUCCAGAUAAAACAAUGUAUGUAAAUUAUAAGCCAACUUGUCAAGGAAUGUUAUCAGUAUCAUUGAGGUAAUAGUCCCAUGGUGUCACUGUGUCUGUUGUGCUGGUAUUUAAAAUAAAAGUACAUAUUGAUCAUGUGAACAACUCUGUUUUCAUUUCACAAGUUGUACUAGAAGGAUACUUCUAGGCAAACUUUGGAAAUGGUGAUGUUUUUGGACAUCGUAAAUCUUUCAUAAUCAUACAGAAGAAAAGCAGUGAAGUCAAUUAGCAGUAUUACACUUACCGUGAGAAAGCAAUAACAAGUCAGAUGAAGACAAGCAGUCCCCCAAAAUAGAAUUAUUUCUCUGAAGACGGUAUAUAGUGUGGUAUAAAAGAAUGUAAACUGAACAUCUUCUGUAGGCUCUAUGAUCAAACUUGAUAGAAAAAAACAGGACUAUGCAAACCCCUAGCUUAUAUAGCUUAUUUACUAUGUCUUUAAAAACCCACUGCGCUUCAGCAGCCUGAUAUAGAUUAGAAACCUGGUAUAUCACCAUGUUUUGGUGCUCCAAGUAAAAUCCAAAUUAUAACAAAGUUCCCGAGAGUCCCCAAAUAAGCCAUAUGAGCAAAUUAAUAAUAAAAAUAUGUCCUUCCAUAGGUCACCAGAAAAUUAAUGAGAAAAAUCACGCUAGUGCAGAUACUGUAAACUGACAUGGCAGGGGCUGAAUGCUGCCCUCGGAUAUGUUCUUAUUUGUCCUUGUGGAAGGUUUUUAUGUUUUGAACUUGAAUGUAAUUAGGGUAUCACAGUCCUGGUUUCUCCCAUUGGUCACCUGAUGGCUCUAGGAUGCAUUUGUGUUUGGAUCCCCUAGAGAAUAUAUUGAGUAUUUUGGAGACUAUAUUCAUCUUUUUUCCUAGGACAGGAAGUAGUUGAUUCCAGCAGGGUCACUGCCCCUUCUUAAGGUCUCCAGUGAAUGACUUAGUCAUCCUUUGGCUGAGAUAAUGAUAUUCCUUGGGGCCAAGGUAUGUGUGGGAGGAGGAGCUAAGGGGGAAUGAUUUCAGCAGUUUCCAUGAUGAUCAGAACCAGGCCCAUUUGGCAUAUUUUUGAUUCUAUGAUUAAUAGUUGCAGAAAGAGUUUGAAACAUUUUCAGAACUUAACAGAAACAAUUUGCAUGUGACUAUCCUGGGUGUUAGGUAUUUUGCUAUGAUUUGGAGCCAUCAACAACAAUUGAUAUUAUCACUACUUUAAUUCUGUUCAGGGGAGUGGCUGUUUGGGGGAAACCAGACUUGACCCCAGACCUACUGAAUUCUAAGCUCUGGGAAAAAACUUGAAAAUCUUGUUAAAAACAAGUUCCCUUGGUGAGCUUGUUACAUGCUAAAUCUUAAAUGUCACAAAAAUAAAGGAUACACAUGGAAUGCUGACUUAUAUAGUAGUUGUUUCAAUAUGGUUAAUUUAUAGAAAAUUAGACCAAGCAAUAAAGUAUCCUAAAGUAUCGGAGCUUCUUAAACUCUGUGUGUAAGGGAGUAACCUGGUGAUCUUAUUCAAAAUGCAGAUUCUCAUUUAGUAGGUCUGGGGUGGGACCUGAAAUUCUGCAUUUCUCACAAACUCCCAGGUGUUGUGAUUGCUAUUGGCACAUGGACUCAGUAUCAGAACUCAUUGUAACAUAAGGUUUGCAUGUUUGGUACUUUUACACGUAGAAACAGAGAAGCUGUAUAAUACUCACACAACUUGGAGAGAUUUGAGUCUACGUUAAAAAUGCAGUGCCCUUACAGAAAAAAAGAAAAAUGGUUUUAUUCUAAAGUUUCUUUUUUCAUGUAUAUACUAUGGAAAAAUGCAGACUCCUUUGCAUAUUAGAACACUUGAAAUAUAUUCUUUAAAAAUAUAGAGAUAUUUAUAAGCAAUGUGCACAAAAAAAUUUAUGAAUACCCGAGGACAAAUACUUAACACUGAAUCACUUACAGCUUAUAUUUUCAGAAGACUUAUAGUUUUUUCAUAAAGCUGAGGUUAUUGUAGAACAGUGUUCUUGUUUUCAUUUAUAAUGUACACAGAUUGGGCUAACUGAUGUUGAUUCAGUAUUGUUACUCAGAGUUUGUGAUAUUCUUCAUUACCGUAUCACUACUAGUUAAGCGUUACAUAUAUUGCUGUAUCUGUAUGUCCAUCAGUCAGCUAAAGGAGUUAACCUGUAAGGAAGAGUAAACAUUAGACAAGCAUAUGAAUUUUAUAACACCCCAAAUGCAAUUUUUACUAGCUGAUAUAAGAUUAAACUCUAUCAUCCAUGAUGUUUACCUUAAAAUAUUUCAAUACAAUUUAGAUGUCCCUUAAAUUAAAAUGGAUUCUGCGUUGUUAUUAGCAUGUUUGUGGAAUGCAUAAAAAUAGAAUACUCUGUUUAUAAUUUCUUUAAUAUCUUCUGUUCUACUAAAAAGGUUAACAUCACAUAGUUCAAUUCCAUUUCCUUUAAAAAGUGUAGUUGAUCACACACACACGCACACACACAUUAUACACAGCUUAUGGGAAUUUCUUUCUCUUGAAUAUAUACUUUGGGAAGAAAUCAAUAAAAUUAUAUAUCUUUUGCUUUUAUUUUGAAUCUUUCUAGCUUUCCUGAGGUAUAAUUGACAAAUUGUAUAUAUUUCAAGUGUACGAUGAGAUUUCAUAUACAUAUACAGUAUGAAAUGAUUACCAAAAAUGCAUCCAUGAUAUCUUACCUUUCUGUGUGUGUGUGUUGAGAAGAUUUAUUCUCUUAGCAAAUUUCAAGCAUGAAAUAUAGUAUUCUUAACUACAGUCACCAUGCUUUUUUUUUUUUUUUAAGAUUCCACAUUAUGAAAGAGAUCAUACAAUCUUUGUCUGUCUUUAUUUGGGUUAUUUCACUCAGUCAUAGUGUCCUGUGGAUUCAUCCAUGCUGUUGCAAAUGGCAGGAUUUCCUUUUUAUGGCUGAAUAAUAUUCUUUUGUCUAUUUGUGUAUAUAUGUAUAGGUACAUAUAUCACAAAGGAAUAUAUAUAUAUAUAUAUAUUACAUUUUCUUUAUUCAUGCAUCAAUUGAUACUUAGAUUAUUUCCAUAUCUUGGUUAUUAUAAAUAAUGUUGCAACAAACAUGGGAAAAGAUAUUUCUUCAAGAUACUAAAUUUUGUUUCCUUUGGAGAUAUUUUAGAUAUUAACCAUUUAUCAUAUAUGUGAUUUGCAUGUAUUGUCUCCCAUUUUGUAGGUUGCCUUUUCAUUUCGUUGAUGAUUUCCUUUGCUGUGCUAAAGCUUUUUAAUUUGGUGUAGUCCCACAUGUCAUUUUUGCUUUUGCUGCCUGUGUUUUUGUGAUGUCACAGCCAAAAAAUUAUUGCCAAGACCAAUGUCAAGGAGCUCUUUUCCUGUGCUUUCUUCUGAGUGCAAACAUGGAGAAUAUGAUACUUAGCCCAGCCGCUUUGUUUCAUGUCUGCCAACAAAGUUAUUCUUGAAGGAAUGUUGAAGCCUCGACAUGCACAUAAAAAUAGCUUAUGGAAAAAAAAUCUGUGUCUCAUGAAGACAAGGAGAGAGAUUUCCACAGAAGAGUCAGUUUGUGUAUUUUCUGUUCAUUACUUUGGUUCAGUGUAUAGAAGAUGGUUUAACAUUAAUAAGCUAAGAGCUAACAGUGCAUCCUGUUCAUACCGGCUUCUGAUUUUGGUGAGACAAAGAUCCAUAUAUUUUUGAAAAGGAUGUUUAAUUAAUACAAAUAAUACCAGUGCAGAUAAAACAUGUACUAUCCUUAGUCCAGAUACACUCUUUAUUAUACAUUAAGUAUAGAUGAACUUUUCCUCUAUCUGAAAAUUGCAGAGUUUUUUGUUUAACCGGGGAGAGAUAAAGUGGUUGUGUGUGACAUAUGGCAUGUUCCAGAAAAUGUUUCUUCAGCAGUCAUCACAGCUUCCAGCUGAUGUAGCAGUUUUUUUUCUCUUCCUCAAAUAGGAGACAAUGUUUCAUCUUUCUUUUUCUGAAAGUUUUGUGAUAAUUCAUGGAUACAUAAAUCUGACAUUUGUUCACACAAUUGCUCUUUGCUCUGUCUGUUACUCAAAGAAAAUUGCUGAUGGAGAGAUUAUCGUUUUCUGUAUGAUUGAGUGACCCCCCCCCCCCUGGUGUUUUCUGCUUAAAUAUUUACAACCAGAUAGCUAUGGAAGAAACACAGGUUGUGAUAUAGGAGGGAACCAACUUUAAACACCAAAUCUGCCACUUACUAGAUAUCUGUCUUUGGAACAAGUUGUAUAAUCUAUACUUACAAAUAAUAACAUCUACUUCACAGGGUUGUAUUAAGGAUUAAAUGAUAUACUAUGCAUAAGGAAUAUAAUUUGACACAUAUUAGUCACUCAUGGAAGGCUAGCUAUUAGCAUUAGCAAUCUCAUAUUGCAGAUCUUCUGAGGCACAUAAUUUCUCACAUUUCAACAGACACAAAAAUGGAAUGAUCGAUAGUGUCUCACAAUGGUCCGUAAAGGUGGCAGUCAUGACAUAGAUGGCAUUGAUUGUGCAUGUAGUAAUCUUGUUGCAUGACGAUCAUCUAACUGUAAUCCCUUGGCUUUUCAGUCAGCAAACUAUUUGAGAACAAAUCAUAAUGACUAUUUGAGGAAGCAUCGUAAAUCCCGAUCAUUGUCUAAAAACCUUUCAUUGAUUUUUUUUCUUGUAAGAUAAAGCGCCAGUUUUGAAAUUUGUAGAAUAGUUGUCAACAGCUUAGAAAAAAGUUCUAGAGACAGAAACUGCAGGCUGGGCAUGUCUGUGUCACCAGUGCUCUUAGGGUCAUGGAGGACAACGGUGUGGGCAGAGCAGACAUCAAGCACUGAGCGGGAAGUGACUUGGAUUUGGACUUUGUGUUGUAGAAACAUUGUAUUUUGCUUUGCUUUGCAUUGAUUUUUCAUAUUUUCAUUUAAAAAUGUACAUAAUUAUGAUACACAAUAAAAUUUAUUUAAAUAAGUUAAAAGACAUAUUUAAUGUUUUGAAUGAGUUUAAAAUAAACACUUACUCUAGUCAA